UCCCCCUCAUACUAGUAGGAACAUUUUGUUCGAUAUACACGCUCAGAAGGGAAGGCAAGUAAAAGUUGUUUAUUAAAAUGCCUUCUGGCAAAAACUUCAGGAGGCGAAGAGACUCUUCAGAUGUGGAAGAGGAUGAAACGACUCGGGAAGUCAGAUGCAAAGUAGAAGAGGCCAAAGAGCUGCAAGGUUUGCGGCGACGUCAGAAAGGAGUCAGCGUGACUGCCUUAUUGGUUGGAGAAAAAUUGCCACCUGAGGUUGAGAUUGAUAAUGACCCCUUUAAACUCAAAACUGGAGGGGUUGUUGACAUGAAAAAAGUCAAGGAUCGGAAUCGAGACAUGACAGAGGAGGAGACAGAUCUUAAUCUGGGUACCUCCUUUUCAGCCGAGACAAACAGAAGAGAUGAAGAUGCUGACAUGAUGAAAUACAUUGAAACAGAGCUGAGAAGAAAAAAAGGCCUCGUGGAGGCAGAGGAACAAAAGGUCAAGGUGAAAAACGCAGAGGACCACCUGUAUGAGCUGCCUGAGAACAUUCGGGUCAACUCUGCCAAGAAGACAGAAGAGAUGUUGUCAAAUCAAAUGCUGAGUGGAAUCCCUGAAGUCGACCUUGGGAUUGAUGCGAAGAUAAAGAACAUCAUCCAGACAGAAGAAGCCAAAGCCAAACUGCUUGCAGAACAAAGGAACAAGAAAAAAGACAACGGAACAUCAUUUGUACCUACCAACAUUGCUGUCAACUAUGUCCAGCACAAUCGCUUCUAUCAUGAGGACUCUAACGCAGCUCACAGGCAUCACAGACGAGAUAGAGAGGAACCCAAACCAAGACCACUGCGCGUGGGGGACACUGAGAAACCUGGACUAGAGACAUCGGAGCCACCUAACUUCCGCAAACGACCAAAUAACGAAAAGGCUACUGAUGACUACCAUUACGAGAAGUUCAAGAAGAUGAAUCGACGAUAUUAAUGCUUUGAUGGAAAACAUCUGCUGAGAAUGGAGCCUCCUUCCCAUCAAAUGGCCAAAGAAAAAGGCUGCCCCAGUGUAUUAUGAUGAAAAAAAGGCAAGGUAGAUCUAGUUACAUUUAGGUUUUUUUUUU